CAAUCUCAAUGUAGUGUUGCCUAUGUGAACAACUACAGAAAAUGGUAACGGAUCAUGAAAUGCAAUGGAUUCAAAGACACAGUUUAUUAACCCAUUUUCUCCCUUACAAUGACGAAUCUAGGAAAUAAUAGACGAACUCGCACUAUCAGAAAAGACAUAGGAAAACUCAUUCACACGCCUAUCAGUUUUCAUCCAAAUGAUAUUUAAGCACAAGCUUAGAUCAAUUUAAAUGACAGAAAAAGGGAAGCAACAUCAUAUAGAAGAUGGUUUUUUUAAAGGCAGUGAUGCAUGCGAUCUUUAUCAUCAAUUUGGUGUCCAGUGUUACUACGGAAUAUGAUUUCAAAUGUCCGCAUGAAUCCCACAGAAUGAUACGCGCCCAUUGGCAUUGUAAUACAACAGAAGAAAAUUAUUCUUGUUUAAAAGAUGUCCGAGAGGACUCUUAUAGAGAGUCUUGCUUAUAUAAAUCUGAUUUCGUCAGAAUGGGUCAAAAGUAUGUCAUUAAAGGCAAUAGAAGGAGUAUGAACUGCACUGUCAAAAGGUAUCAACCAUUCAAAUUUUAUUCGUCACAACUUAGCAAGUGCGCCUUUAUGAAAUCAUCAUGUGAUGAGGAAGGUCAACUAAUAUUUACUGCUGGCUCAACAAAAGAAGAUAGCACAUGUAACUGUGAUUAUACACGAGGAUACACUUUUCUAGUACGCCCUAGAAAUAUUCGGUUUUGCAUGCCAGAACAGGAAGAUUGUACAUAUUACUUAACCACCUGUCCACAGAACAAUGGAUUGUCAUCUGAUUAUGAAUGUACACAAGAUCCUAUGUCAUCUUCAUUUGUCUCAUUCAUUGUACAACCAAAGUCAAAAAAGAAUGAAACAGUGAAACACGGAAAUCUUGAUGCCUUUCAAUAUAACUUAGCACUUCCAACAAGACAAUACAGAAUAGUAGCUGUAACAACAAUAUGUGUAACAUCAUUAAUUGUAAUAGCACUUGUCUUGUACAGUAGAUAUCAUGGGCAGAUCAUGCGGAUGAAUUACACCAAAAAUAACAGAGAUGAAUUAGAUGGACAUAAAAAAGAUUUUAACUCAGAGAAUAACUGCAAUAAAGAGCAUAACACACAAGAUACAUCUGGUGAAGAUAAAGUUUCAAUAGGUAGCCAUUGUGAAGAUUAUAUCACAGAAGAUGGACCUAGUGAUAAUGAAGAUAUAGAGAAUACCUGCAAUAAAGAGCAUAAUACACAAGAUGCAUCUGGUGAUGAUAAAAUUUCAAUGGGUAGCUAUUUUGAAGAUUAUAUCAUAGAAGAUGGACCUUGUAAUGAUGAAGAUACAAUAGCACGAUGUAUUGCCGCUACUAUUGAUAAGCUAGAGAAAAUACUAUCAAAUCUGGAUAAACAAACAGCAAUAUCCAUUCGUCAAAUCGUAAAGUCGAAAAAUUAUCAUCGUAAAGAAGUACUUGAUUUUCUUGUUGCUGUUCAAGACAUACUACAAAAUGACAACACAGAGGAAAUGAACCUUGUGGCAGGGGUUAAGCUGAUACAAAUCAUUUCAGAAACCAAUAAUACUAUAACAUCUAUAAGCGGAGAAGAAAUUGAUUGCAUUCAAAUACCAGCGAUUGUGUUACAAUGGCUAUGUGCAAUUCGAGUAAUGAAAAUAGAGAAGAAGGACAAAUUGCCAGAUGAUAUGAAUUCAGAUAUCAUUGCCAUUCGAAAAAAAAUGGAAACACUUGAUAAGAGACUUACGGAAAACCAGGAAUACUCUAACACUUUGGUCAACGAGAUAACGUGUUUUGUUGAAAAUAUACAGAAAAAAAUAUCUAUCUUAAUGGAAAGCAAAGACACAUGCACUAAGGAUGAAGUAGUAAGAGUGCAAUAUAAAUCGCAUACAUUGAUUAACCUUUAUAUGGACGUACAGUUCCUAAGAUCUGCAUAUUGUAUCCGAUAUUACAGCCAUGGUGAACCUUUUACUGUGGAUAAACACCAUAUGAUGUUAACAAAACUUAGGGAUAUAGAAAAACCUCAAGCAAAUUUCCUGAAACAAUUCGCCCAACCAACAAAAGACACCGUUGCGUUUUUUGCUUUAUUCCAUCCAUCAGAAUAUGACUGUAUUACUGAUUACAUGAAGGUUAAAGGAAUUUACCUCCAAGAUCUCUAUGAUGUGUUGAACAAUAAAAUGUUUGCGAUUCGUCCACAAAAAUGGCUACAACAUCGAGCAGUGAUGUCUUACACUCCUACAGGAACAAUAUGGAGUGCCAAAAAUCCUGAUGAUAAAUGCAGUAUGCUCUUCGAAUUUAAAUCACUUUCGAAAGUCGACAAUACAUUUCUAAUCAGAUCAGUUCAAUGGCCUUCUUGGUAUAUGUAUAUGAAAGAGAAUGCAGCUUUAAGAGGUCAGAAAAAAAAGACAGGCCCCAAAAGAGAAUGGAAAAUAGUACGUCUUGACAACGAAAAAUACAUGAUAUGCACGCGAAAAUGGCCUAGCAAAUUUAUAUAUAUGGACGGUGGUCUUUUGGGAAAAGUUAUCGCUGCUUACGGAGACCCGGGUACUAGUGGUUAUUUGGAUUUGAUACAUGAAAAUGAAAUUGACUUGUAAAUACCAAAAAAAAUUUCAUGAUUUUCAUAAAAUACAGUAUGCUACAAUGCGUUUCAAAUAUGUGAGGAAAGAGUUUAGAGCGUCAUGCUAGGUUAUUUUAUUUUUGUUAUUUAAUUACAGAGGAAAAACUAUCACAAAUGUUUUUUUUUCAUUUGUUUUUAGCCUUAAAUUUAUUGAUAAAG